AUGGCUAGAACAUCAGAUCGAGCAGCGCAUGUGAUAGCUGUAAGGACAAGCAAACGAUUGGCAGAUAAGAGGGGAAGGAUGGAACGGGCCGGAACAUCAGUUGUAGGAUGCAGGCGAGAAGAGAACCAGCGACAGACGAAGGAAGAUGGCCUCAGAUUCGGAAGGAACACUGUAUCUUCGGAGGAAGAUGAACUGCGGCGAAGGAUAUAUGACCACGAGGAAAAUGAAGGAGGACGAAGAAGAAUACGACGAAUGAAUGAAGACGAAGAAAGAGACUUGAGAAGAGCACUGGAGAUCUCACAAUGGGAAGAUCAGAGGCGGAGACAUGAGGAGGAACAGAGGCAGGAGGACGAACUGCAACGUCAGGCGAACUUUAUCCGAGACGAGGAGGAUAGGCGACGACCAGACGAAGGGAGUCUUAGCGUGAUGAGAGGCCGUCACCAUGAGGAGGAUGGAGGAAACUUGAACCAAGAAGUCCUGAACGAGUUGAGAGACAUGAGGGAUUUAAUUAAUAACUCACGAAGAGGUGGAAGAGUACAGUUAGCAGAAGCAAUAGAGGAAGCAGAUAAAUCGCCAUUCACCUAUGAGAUCAUGCAUACGGACAUCCCGUAG